UAUCACUGAGUGCUCAAAAUCGGUUCUGCUGUUUCCAAUCAUGAGCUCGGUUUCAAGCUAAAACACCGAACAUAUACAACUUAUGUUUUUAUUCAAAUGCCAAGUUAAAAGAGGAAAUUACACGUUUUCAACUUCCCACUGUUCUUAGCCAGACGCUCAGAGACCCUCGGCCCCCGUGGAAAUGGAAGAAAAUAUCACCGUCGGUUGAAAGGGAGACGGCAUAUUCGCCCCUGGGGAAAGUGGAUCGGAGUGAUUUUCCGCAUUCCUCUUUUCUCCCUCCCAACGUUUUCCUUUCUUUCCGUUAUCUAAGAGUAUGAUUCUGUCCGGACAGAGGUUCGCGUCAAACCUCAAUCGAAAGGUCGGCCCCUAGCUGAAGAUAAAGACCCACCGAGAGGCCAGGAACGACCAUGGAAUCGGACUGAUUUCGUCAGUAGACCUUCCAUUAAUUGUUCUCAAGGAGAAGGAUAAUAAAAAACGGCCAUGGACGAGCUAAGAAUAAGAGUUGUGACUUACAAUGUUGCUGGUAAAUCCCCAUGUGAAGAUUUAAACGAGAUGUUCAAUCUUGAAGGGAUACUGGACAAUAAGUUACCACCAGACUUCUACAUCAUUGGCCUACAGGAAGUAAAAUCGACACCUCACAAUUACAUACUUGAUACACUAUUCUCUGAUCCAUGGACUAAAGUCUUCAGGGAUUUGUUAGCUCCUUAUGGGUAUGUGAAAGUGAAGACAGUAAGGCUUGUUGGCAUCGUUAUGUCCAUGUUUUGCCUUCGGAAACAUAUAAUUCAUCUCAGGGAUAUGAAAACAUUGUGUACAAGGACGGGACUGAAAGGUUUAUGGGGUAACAAGGGAGGAACAUCACAAAGGCUACAGAUCUACGGUUGUUCACUUUGUUUUGUCAAUUGUCAUCUAGCUGCACAUGAUAAAUACCUGAAAGAAAGAAUAUCAGAUUACAACACAAUUCUUAACUAUCAGAAGUUCAUGCAUCUUGUAGAAUAUCAGCACAUACUAUUUCACGAUUAUAUUUUUUGGUUUGGAGACCUUAACUUUAGACUGGCUGAAGAUUCACUUUCUGCAGAAGAAAUCCUUAUCAAGAUAAAUUCCAAAGAAUACAAAACUCUAUUGAAUCUAGACCAACUCAAGGCUGUCAUGGCGUCCGGCGAAGCGUUCAGCGAAUUAAUCGAACCUGACAUUACUUUCAAGCCCACUUAUAAAUAUUUUGCAAAUUCAAAUGAAUACGACCUUGGACGACGGCCUGCCUGGACUGAUAGGAUUUUGUACAAAGUGAAUGAAAACGUAUAUGAGAAUGUGACCCUAAGUGCAAAGCCAGACUGUUACGAAUCUGUCGAUGAAAUAUGCGUGAGCGACCACAAGCCAGUUGUAGCGACAUUCACAAUAAAAGUUUUUAGCAAUUACGCCGAAAGGUGUGUGCGCAUAGCACCAAUAGGUAAUUGGUACGCCAAUACAAUAAACAAAGCGUUCUGUUUCCUUGGAGAGGAUGUUCAACCCAGCAUCUGGGAUUGGGUUGGCGUCUUUCAAGAUGGCUUCACAAGUCUGGAAGAAUAUGUUGCUUUUAUAUACAUAUCCAACAACCACACUGAUCUGAUGGGGACGACAGUGGCCGUGACGCCACCCAAGAAUGGGGAUAAAAUAGAGCUGAACUUUUAUGAGAAUAUUAUCCGAAUGCCUGGCAAAUACCGGCUGCUCUAUUUCACGCAUGAUUCUGGCAGCGUACUUGGGAUGAGCCAGCCGUUUGAGUUGGUCGGGAGCGACGAGCAGCCAGGUGCAAGCCUGGAGUGGUGACAAACACCUCACAUCCUCACUAAACCUUAAUCAGUGGGUGGGGGUGUGACAAUAAAAUAAAUCACACUAUUGGAAAAAAAUUCUGUGAUUUCAAAUCUGUUUUCUACUAUUUCAUCGAGCAUAUUUCAUAAUUAAUAUGUUCAAUUUUUUUGUUUAAAACAAUAUCUUUUUCAGAACUCUGAAAACCAGGUGACACUGGAUAUUUUAACCUGGCAUCUUCCACAAUUUUUUUAAAUCCAAUUUUGAUUUUUUUUUUUUAACAGAGAUUAGUAUGAUGAUUAAAAAGUAGAAAAUCUAUGUGAUAAAAUUGGUCCAUUGUCAUAUAAUUGCAUUAGUAUUUUAGUAUGGAGCACGGGGAUGAUAGAUUAUUUAAAACAAGCUACAGAAGGAAGAAGGGAAGGAACAAAAAAUAAAAAAAUAUUCUCAGUAUUUCAAUUUGUUCAAUUUUUUUCUCCAUGUAUGGUGUUGGUUAAUAAUGUUUUCAAACACAUAUCUUAAAUCUAUGUAGUUAUAAAGCUUUAUUUUAUUGCUAGCAAGUUACCUAGAAUUAUUGAAGUCUACAUAGACAUAUAUUCUUCACAAACAAGUACAAAGGUUUUCUUAGUGUGUAGUGCUGUUAGUAUAAGCUAAUGUUGAGUGCAAUAAUUGUAAGCUCAUGUAUCUGUGCAAAAAAGAGAUAUUUUAGAAAGUUUAACUACUUCAGAUAUUUAUUUAUUGUUUAAAGAAAAAAAAGUUUCAUCAUAAUUUAGAAAAAAAAGUUUGCUUAUCCUAUAUUGAUAAAAUAUAUUUUUUUUAAUUAAAAAUUUACUUGUUAGUGCCAAACACAUUUUGGGUUGGUUUGAUUUUUAAAUGUGGUAAAAGAAAUGUUCACUUUUCAAAUUCUAUUUGACAAUAUUUGUGUGAUAUGUUUUUACACUGAGCAUUUUUCUUAUUUUUUCCACCAAAACUGUUUAACUGUAGAAACAAAGUUUACAAUAGUUAAUUUGGAUGUUUUUUUGUUGUCAUUUUAAAAAGUUUAGCUUUAUAAAUUUGAUCAUUGAUCUCUGUUUAUAACCCCCAAGUACCAUCUGAACUUUGAAGUAUUUGUUUGUUUGCAUUUAGCCAAUGAAUCGGGUAUGGUUACUCGUCUGAAAGUCUGCUAGGAACCAAGAUUUUAUAAUAAAAUUAAUAUUUUUUUAUUGAAAAAAAUUAUAUAUAUGUAUUCAGGUCAGGAAAGCCGAAUUCCUAAAGCACUGAAUUUUAGUACUGAUUUUUUUACACUAGAUUAUAAUUUUAAAGUUGUUCAUCACCGUUGUUUAAUUAGUUGUUGAUGUAGUGAGUUUCACAUGUAAAGUGAUCAGUAUGGUCAAAUAGAUGUUUUAUUUUGUUACAAUUUUUUGUUUUGAUCCCAUCAAAAUGUUGACUGUUAUGUGGUUAUUAUUUCACAUAUCAACAGAUUUGUUGAGUAUUUAAUAAAAUAUAGCUUGUUAUUUUGGGAAAAUAUAUUGAAUAAAAAAAACAAUAAAAUUAUGAAGUGCCUAAAAUAUUGUUCCAUAAAAGUAUUAAACAAUUUUCUGUACUUAAUAUUAACUGUGGUAGUAUACAUAAACGUUAAAUUAGAACAUUUAAAUAAGAAUUUAUAGUUAUGAAUAAAAAGCUUUUAUCUUUAA